AAAAUUAUAAUAAAAUACAUACAACCAAAAUAUGUCGAAAUCGAGCACUAUGAUCAAGUUCAUAGUCGUCCUCAUAAUCAACGUCGGAUUUUUCCUCAACGAAUCCGAAGCAACGAAACUCAGGAGACCAAUUCACGGUGGGCCCACACCAUCACCACUCCCAUCACCACAAAACCAUACUCUAACAACACUAGCUCAUAGUCCGCAAGAGAAGCUAACUCCUCAAUACAAACAUUUCUUGGAAGAAUGCGAAAAACGAAUGACCGAGAAAUGCGCCGAAGAAAUCUUCCAAGACAUAUUCCAAAACAAAACCAUCACCAAGAAAUGUUGCUACAAGUUGGUCGACAUGGGGCCCGACUGCCACCGGGUAAUGAUCCAACGGGAAAAAGACUUAAUCAAAAGCAAGAAAGAGAGGAACACAAUCGUAUCGAGGAGCGAAAAUUUAUGGAAAAGGUGCCUGAAAGUCACUCCGGUGAAGAAAAACAGACACUACCCGAAGGUCCCACCACGUCAGUAUCUUCCGGGGUACGAGAAAUUCUUGCAGGAAUGCGAGAACAAGAUGACGGAUAAAUGCGGGAACGAGGUUAUGGAAGUUGUGUUGGAGAAGAAGAGGAAGAAUGUGGACAAGGGUUGCUGCUCGAAGCUUAUGACGAUGGGGUACGAUUGCCACCAAGAGAUGCUAUUGAGACUUGAGCAUUUAGCGACCAAAAUUAGCGACAAAAGUGGGGUUAAGAAGAGAGGUCAUCAAAUGUGGAAACACUGUGAAAAAAUCACAGGUCACCACAAGUAAAAAAAAAAAAAAAAGAAAAAAAAAACCAUGGACAAUGUGUAUUCAUAGAGUUUUAAUGAAUUUAUGCCCUUGAGUAAUAUUAAUAAUAAUACAUAGAUUGAGUGCUUACUGGU